UAUAUAAUUUCUCACGAAUUUGGCAUCGGCAAUCAUGUUAUCUUUGUAUAUAUAGUUACGUCUUGCAGGUUCUUUCAAUUGGUGUUCUCACAUGGCGUUUUCAUAACACUAAGGUUUACUAGUCACUUGUUGUGUAGUUUAGUUUUUGGACAACGUCUUUUUUGGAAACAGGAAAGAGAAGUUCCACUUACCUAAGCUAGCAAAUAUUAAAAAUGGCCGGCCAAUUUUUAUGUUCUCUCCUCCAACCUUGAUUUCUCCAUCUUUUUGUCUUCUACGAUUCACACGAUUCCCCUUUCUUCAAUAUAACCCUUUUGUUCUCCUCUCCAAUCUUCUCAAAGCCUUCGUCUUCAACCAUGGUUAACUUCCUUCCUGCAAUUCCUUCUUUUCUAUUCAUCUUCAUUUUUUUUCUUCUUGCCCCUCCUCUAUGUGCUCUUCAUGACCAGUUAACUUCUUGCUUAUCUUAUAAUCACAUAACCAACUUCACCUUCUUUCCUAGUACAGAAAAUGACUCCACAGCUUACUUUAAUCUCCUUGAAUUUUCAAUUCAAAAUCUUCGCUUUGCAGAACCCACGAUUCCUAAGCCAUUGGCCAUCGUCCAGCCAGAAAGUGUGGACCAGCUAGUGAAGACUGUGACGUGUUGUAGGGAAGGGUUGUUGGAAAUUAGGGUAAGAUGUGGUGGCCACAGCUACGAAGGGACUUCAUCUGUAGCCAGCGAUGGAGCUCCUUUUAUAAUUAUAGACAUGAUGAAUUUGAACAAGGUUUCAGUGGAAUUGGAAGGUGAAGUAGCAUUUGUGGAAGGUGGUGCAACGCUUGGUGAGACAUAUUCAGCGAUUGCUGAGGCAAGCAGCGUUCAUGGGUUCUCAGCAGGUUCAUGCCCAACCGUUGGAGUUGGCGGUCACAUUGGGGGAGGUGGGUUUGGAUUAUUGUCAAGAAAAUAUGGACUUGCAGCUGAUAACGUGGUUGACGCACUUCUUGUUGAUGCCAGAGGGCGGUUGUUGGACCGAAAAGCCAUGGGAGAGGACGUGUUUUGGGCCAUAAGAGGUGGUGGAGGAGGCGUCUGGGGGAUCGUUUACGCUUGGAAAAUAAAGUUGCUGAAGGUGCCGCAAGUAGUGACUUGUUUUACAGUCUCUAGACCUGGCACUAAAACUCAUGUUGCUAAGUUAAUAAACAAAUGGCAAUACGUUGCGCCGAGAUUGGAUGGUGACUUUUACGUGUCAUGUUUUGUGGGUGCCGGUUUGCCAGAAACUAAAACUCCAGGAAUAUCAGCUACAUUUAAAGGAUUCUUCUUAGGUCCAAGAAAUGAAGCCAUGGCUAUCCUGAACAAGAUCUUCCCUGAACUGGGUAUCCUGGAGGAAGAUUGCAAAGAAAUGAGCUGGAUUGAAUCCAUUCUAUUCUUCUCAGGCCUAAGCAAAGGAAGCUCAGUCUCCGACUUGAAAAACCGAUAUUUGCAGGGGAAGCAAUACUUCAAGGCAAAAUCAGAUUAUGUGAAGAGGGAAAUUUCUCUAGCUGGUAUAAAUGGUGCCCUUGAUAUUCUUGAAAAGGAGCCAAAAGGGUAUGUUAUAUUAGACCCAUAUGGUGGGAUGAUGGACAAAAUAAGCGGUGAAGCCAUAGCCUUUCCUCACAGAAAAGGUAACCUCUUCGCAAUUCAGUACAUGGUUGAAUGGAAAGAGAAGGAUAACAACAAAAGCAAAGAGUACAUAGAUUGGGUAAGAGAAUUUUAUAAUUCAAUGACACCAUUUGCGUCAUGGGGUCCAAGGGCUGCUUACAUCAACUACAUGGACUUUGACCUUGGAGUAAUGAAGAUGCUUAAAAUGAGGGUCCCAUCUCGGGAUGCUGUGGAGGCAGCUAGGGUUUGGGGUGAAAAAUACUUCUUGAAAAAUUUUGAUAGGCUGGUAAGAGCUAAGACAAUUAUUGAUCCAGAUAAUGUUUUUAGUAAUCUACAAAGUAUUCCUCCAAUGCCGUCCUCAGUAGGCUCCAAAGCCACAGUUAAGGAAGACAUGUUGUAAACACUUGAGCACAGAGGUUCAUAUUUCAAAUCCAAACACUCGAGGGUUGUUUUUAUAUUUUUAAGAUUUUUCUCUGUUUAUUUGCUAGUAUAUAUGCAAACAAAUACUGCACAAUCAGUGGUUCUUGCAUGGGCCGGCCUCAUAAAGUUUAAUUAGAACUCAAAAUCAUAUUUUCCUUUAAUAUUUUCUUUUUUAAAAAAUAAUUAAAAAAUAUAUAGGCCCAAUAAAGUAAAGAUCUUUUUUUCCAAUUAACAACAAGAAUCCUAUAAGAAACCUUGGGCCUGUUUG